UUUAUAAUCUUCACAUAUUAAAAUUUGCACAUUCAGAACAUUCAGUUUUGAGGACUACAUUGACCAUUUGAAUUCACAUUUAAAGGAAAACUGCAAAAAGAGGGAGAUAAAGAUAUUUUUCAGUUAUUGGUGGCGUUUUUAUAAGCGUUUUAGGUAACUGGCUUGCUUUCCAGAAGUCCAUAAUGCUGCCUUCAUGCUGUCCAGCUAGCUAUGCACGGAAGGAAGUGUAUAAAAACACUUUCGAAUGUUAAUUAAUACCAGUUAACGGAAACGUUAAAUAUUGCCUUAUAUACUGUGACACUCAGCAGAUCUAAGGUUCGGACCGGCGAGCAAGAAAUUAAACUUUACGUGCAGAAUCAGGGUUUUCUUUCAUGAAGACCACUUAAAAGCACAUUAGUCCAACCCACAAUCACGGCCAGAAGUUUGCCGCACCUCACAACCCACCAACAAGCAACGUGAGACGAGUUGUCACAUUACACACAGUGGGCUCUGCACACGCGUCAUAUCCAACUGAAGAAAACAACGGGAAGGGCGUGAUAAGAUUAAUUACAGCACAGUACAGACUGUGCCUCCUAUACCAUCAGUAAUGCUUGCAUGCACCGCAAGCUCUUACUAAGUACUAUUAUCUAUGGACUUCUACAGCAUACACAAAAGGAAUCUACACCAUGGAUAUCAACAACUUUACCAAUGGGAGUAUGAGAAGUGACCACUAUUCCACUGAAGAAUAUACCACCCAUGAAUACAUCUAUGACUAUGACUUUGAGGGUUUUGGACCAUGCAAGUAUGAGAGACACAGCGCUGUGUUCCUGCCUGUGUUUUAUUCCCUGCUCUUCGUGUUUGGGGUGAUCAGCAAUGGCCUCGUCUUGUGGAUCAUGCUGAUGUCAGUGAAGCAGCUGCGUAUCACUGACAUCUGCCUCCUGAACCUGGCCGUGGCAGAUCUUCUGCUGCUCAUCACCCUUCCCUUCCUGGCCCACUAUGCAAGAGCAGACUGGGUCUUUGGGUCUGUCAUGUGCAAAGUCGUCAUGGGCAGCUACUAUAUUGGCUUCAACAGCAGCAUCUUUUUCGUCGUGAUCAUGAGCAUCGACCAGUACCUGGCUGUAGUUCAUGCCUCGAAGUCCCUCAAGACCAUAUCACGCAAAUAUCGAGUCAUCAUGAUCGUCAUAACCUGGAUCGUAGGACUUUUGGCUUCAUUUCCUGAGUUAACGCUCAUUGACGUUCAUCUACAAAGUAACACAAGGUUGUGUGAAGUUGGUUAUCUCAGUGAAACAUCCCUGAGAGUGUUUGGCCUGUUUAAAAUGAAUGUUGCCAGUCUUCUGAUUCCAUUUUUCAUUAUGGUGUUUUGCUACUCAGUGAUCCUGAGAAAAAUACUCCGUCACAAUUCAACAAACAACAAGACCAUACGCCUUGUGCUUAUGUUGGUUGUGGUGUUUUUCUGUUGCUGGACCCCCUACAACAUUGCAUCAUUCUUCCAGGCACUAGAAGUGCUCGGUAUCUACACAGCAUGUGAAUCCAGCAAAGCCAUUCAGUUGAGCCUGCAGGUGACGGAGGCUCUAGCCUACUCCCACACCUGCUUGAAUCCCAUCAUUUACGUCUUUGUUAAGGAGAGGUUCAGGAAGCACCUGUAUAAACACAUUAACCGGAUAACCUGCUUGUAUAAUAAGUUUAUUAUUUCCCCAGUCACAUCACAGCAGUCCCAGACAAGCAGAAGCGAACAGUCCAUUACAGCUACGAAUGUCACUUCUCUUUAAAUAGUAUAUCAAUGGAAUAUUAUACACUGCAAAAAAUGUCCGUGAAAUUAACUGAGAAAUUCUGUAAAAUAACGACAUAAAAAAACUGUAAAAGGAAAAA